UCUCCGCCGCCACAUCAUCCGCCUGCCCACGCAGUCUAAAAGCAAAAGAGCUUUCACAUGCGGUAAAGGAUAGAUUUGAAAUAAAGAAACGCGCGUGCCUGCGAUACAUCUGCAUUGUCGCAUCAUUAGUAGUUUGAUAACGCGCUCUGUUCUCUAAUGGUGCGUUCGGAUCAACCCAUGUAAUCAAGGACAUUAUCAACACAUCUAAGCGACACUUUUUCUGAUUUAAUCGGAACACUGAAGUCUGAAGAUGCUUCAAUCCCUCACCGGUAAUUCGUGCGUGCGCUUGAUCCAGGGCAACAGAUCGACAUGGUAUUUCGUGUUUCUGGUCCUCGGGUACAUCGUAUUCCUCAUAUUCGGAGCGGUGGUGUUUUCAUCGGUUGAGCUUCCGUAUGAAGAUCUCCAGCGCCAGCAGCUCCAAAGUUUCAAACGGCAGUUCCUCCAGGAGCACGAAUGCCUGUCCGAGGAGCGGCUGGAGGAGUUCCUGACCAAAGCGCUGGAGGCCAGCAACUAUGGGGUGUCCAUCCUAAACAACGCCUCGGCCAGCUGGAACUGGGACUUCACCUCCUCUCUGUUCUUUGCUAGCACUGUUUUAUCCACCACAGGCUAUGGCCACACUGCCCCUCUCUCUGAUGGUGGUAAGGCAUUCUGCAUAAUUUACGCGAUGAUCGGCAUCCCCUUCACCCUCCUGUUUCUCACAGCUGUGGUACAAAGGAUCAUGGUCUUCAGCACAUGGCGGCCCAUUUUGUACGUGCACACUCGCUGGGGUCUGUCUAAACCCCUAGUGGCCCUCGUUCACGCAACCCUGCUGGCCAUCAUUGCAGUUUCCUGCUUCUUCCUCAUCCCAGCCGCCAUAUUCUCUGCCCUAGAAGAAAACUGGAACUUUCUGGAAUCCUUCUACUUCUGUUUUAUAUCACUGUCCACCAUAGGUCUGGGUGACUAUGUGCCUGGAGAGGCUUUUAACCAGAAGUUCCGUGAGCUCUACAAACUGGGCAUCACUGUCUAUCUUCUGCUUGGCCUGAUUGCCAUGCUGGUUGUUUUGGAGACCUUCUGUGAGCUGCAGCAGUUAAAGCAGCUGAGAAAGAUGUUCUACCUGAAGAAGGACAAGCCCCAGGACCAUCUGGCCAUCGUGGAACACGAUCACCUGGCCUUUGCCUCUAUGCCAGGCAGUACCAUAAACUCAUCCUUUGAGGACAAAACUGAGCACUUCGGGAACUUUCCUGUCCUGACCUCUCCAGGUGGUGAUGACCCCAUGAUCAGAUAAAUGUUUUAGUUUUCAUUAAUAUAGCUCUCAUUAGAGAGAGACAUCUUCAGCCAAGUGUUCUCCAACAUGUGGCUUGCAAGUGACUGGUUGUCUAUGGAAGUAGGAAGUCAGGCACCUGCCACAGAAUAAUGAAAAUUACUGGAAAAUGUUACUUGAUAUUCUGCAUAUUUAACAGCCCUCUACGAAGCAAUGCCAAUCCAGUUUACAUCAUAAUUCAGUACACUUUGACACAAUAUGUGCAAAUGAUCAUACUUGCACUUACCCCGUUAAAAUUGACCAGCUUGAUAGUAGCGGUAGUCCGAUAUAUCAGCCAGGCUGAUUAAUUGGCCCAUCCUUGGCCAUGUUGGGAUUAUCGAUAACUGUAUCCACUUGGACAAUUAACAGAAGUUGUAGUAAUUUGUCUAAUUUACUAUCAAUAAAUAUUUUUUUAUACCGUAGGAUAUGUUAGCUUUAUGUCGGUCAUGUUGACCGCUAGAUAUAGGAAUCGGUUGCUGGAAAACUCAUAUUGGCUGACCGCUACCUAAUAAAUUAAAGAACAUACUUAAUUGCAGGCGGGGUCGUAGCUUGUGGGGUGAAAGGAGGAAAUUAUUCUAGGGGUCCACAGGUCCAGAAGGGCCCCACAACAAAUUCUAAAAUAAUUUUAAUAGGAAAGUGGCCCAGAGUAGUAUAAAUUCAUGGAGUCCAGAAUACUUUGCUAUGGCCCUGAUUGCAUGCUAAAAUCUAGUAUGCUGCUUGCAAAUUGAGACUGUGGAAGCAAUAAAAAUAACCUUGUUUUCAAUCAAGAUACAAGCUUAGACUUAAACCCCCCUGCUCCAGACCUUCUAACCCUGACCCCUAAACUUAAAGCUGAUGCGUUUCAUUUAUUCACUGUUCAUUUAUUCUUGUAUGCAGAGUCCACACAGUAAGUCAUUUCUAGGUUUAUUUCACCUAAAAGUGUAACACUGUUGCUCUAUGCCACUAUCAAAACAUCCCCGUUUGCUUGAAAAGCCCAUCUAAUCCCAAACAGCAACAUUGGCUCGGCCAGUGGUGUGAGUUUGGGGCAGGACAAUCAGUUUUCUCUCGAGUUUUCUAAGAUCUGUUUGACUUCAUUAUUUGUUUUUCCUCAUGUUUUUUUUUCCCCCAGAAAAUUAUGUUUGGCGGUGCAGAAAUGACACACUUCAGCUUUAAAACCUAAACUUCACAUAGUCCAAAUCAAGACUCUAAAUCAUAAAGUCCUCUUGUCCUGAUCUAAAGCUCUGUCUAAAGACCCAUGUCUACUCAGACCUUCAUGAAUAUGUUGUGACGAUUCACGUAUGGUGUUGGAGACCCAUGCCAUCAAACAUACUAGAUGUUGAACAUCAUCUGAUAAGUUUUAAUAAGAUUUGUGUGAUCACACUUGUGAGCUUGUAAACAGCUUUAAUGUAAGCUUUAAAAGACAUUUGCUGCUAAAAGUUAAAGAAUCCACUCUAAUUUUCUCCAGUAAAACCAUUUUGCUUUACUACUGCUGCAUAGAUAUUAGAGACUGUAAUACACUGUACUGCAGUGUAUGCUGUGGAAAAUUUAGCAUUUGUAGCAUAAGUUAAUGCCUAAGAAAUAGUGUGCUUCAUAGUGGGGUAUCGGUUCACUCAUCUCACUAUUCGGUUCAGAUUACAAUUCUUUAAACUAAGCCUGAAUCAAGAAAAGUUAUUAUUACUUUAAAGACAUAUGCAAAACAUUUAGCACUGUUCAUCAGAGAUGCACUUGGAUUCAAAAUCUGCUUAGAACAGGGCAAUGGUGGCACCAAAUGGAAAUCCAUCCAUCCAUCCAUCGUCAACCGCUUAUCCUGUGUACAGGGUCGCGGGGGCUGGAGCCUAUCCCAGCUAACAUUGGGCGAAAGGCGGGGGACACCCUGGACAGGUUGCCAGUACCAAAUGGAAAUAUUAGCUAAUAAUUGGCUUUGCUGAAAAUAAGGAAUAAUGUUAAAUACAUGCUGCUUGCACACUGUCACUGAUUACAUGAAUUUAAUAUAUUUUUAAUUAAAGCUGUAUUUUUCUAAAAUAAUAAAUAUUAGUAUUAUACAAUAAUAUCUAAAUAUUAUUUUCAAAAAUACAUAUUAGUUUCAAAAAAACAUAUCCAGUUAAAUAUUGUCCCUACUUAAAACCCUAUGGGAAAUGUACUUAUUAAAUCAAAUCAGACAUGACAUUUAACAUAGCAUCAUUCUACAUUAUUUAUAUAUAUAUAUAUAUAUAUAUAUAUAUAUAUAUAACAGGGUUGAGGAGUUACUUUUGAAAUGUAUUCCACUACAGAUUACAGAAUACAUACUGUAAAAUGUAAUUUGUAAUGUAUUCUGUUAGAUUACUCAAGGUCAGUAACGUAUUCUAAAUACUUCGGAUUACUUCUUCAGCACUGGUAGAUUUUUUUCACUUCUUUUGACUUUAAAAUCUCUGCCAGUACAGUAAGACAAAAUACACAUUAAAAAUACAUUCUCUGAAAAACCUAAAUAUCUUAUGCAGUGUUGUUUCUAAAACAAGAUCAAUCUAAUUGAUAUUGUUUUAAGGAUUUUUAGAUAUUUUAAAAGAAAAAUUAUUAUUCAAGAAUAAGAUUUUUACACUAAUAUCAAAGGUCUUACUAGAAAAAAAUAAAUUGAUCUAAAAUUAAUUUUCUUGAUAAAAAAAUAUUAUCGUGUCUGGUAACAUGUGCAUGUAUAAUGGAUAGAAAUAGCAUUUUAGCUUAGCAUAAAACUGACAGCUGAAAAAGAAGUUUAUUUCUAUUUCUUCUCCAAACUUACUUCUCUGUCUGCUCGUAUGAAUGUAACACAUCAUAAGAAAGUGUUUCACCGCUGUUCAAAUGCACUUUGGAUCACAUCAUUUAUAUGUAUAAAUGUUUUCCAUCUAAAUGGACUAAAUAUUAAAUGAAACAAAUGACAAUAAAAUGCAAAGUAAUCUCUUCAGUAAUCAAAAUACAUUUUGAAUGUAACUGUAUUCUAAAUACCAAUCAUUUAAAUUGUAACUGUAGUGGAAUACAGUUACUUAUAUUUAGUAUUUUAAAUACGUAAUCCCGUUACAUAUUUUCCAUUUCUCCCCAAACCUGUAUAUAUAGUAGAUUAAUGUAUCACUAUCAUUAAUUGACACUGCCAUCUUUGAUAUUUACUUUAGUCACUUUCACUACUAACAUCUGUUAGAAUUGUAACUUCAGUUGUUCGUUCUGCUACUGUAAGUUGUUGUAUAAACAGGACAUUUCAAGGUAAGGUUGUCCAAUAUCCACGAUGUGUAUCGUCACAUUUUUAAACCGCAAUGUAUCAUGCCACGAUACACCGUUACACCCCUAGUACUUCAUAAUAGAUCAUUUUUUUGCGGCCAGGACUACAUAGGUGAAAGCAUAACAUUUAACUUAAUGGAUCAUUUAAAUGUGUUAGAAAGGAAAAAAAACCAAAAACAUUUAACUGAUUGUGAAAAGCAAAGCCUGUUUGCUACCAAGAGUAGUAUUUUACCUAUUAACGUAAGUAUAAAUAUUCCGACCCUUGAGAGAACUAGUUGAUCUCAGUUUACUUGGAAUUUUUGAAUCCAGGGUUGAAAAUGUCUCUGACAUAUCAGCACAAUGCAAUUACAUACCGAAACAAGUUUGAUUAAAAUCUAGGAUUACUGAAUUUUCGUUCAUUUGUAUCGACAAAUUGACUGUAUUACACUUUGUUCAUCCAAAAAUGUUGUUCAAAUUUUUGAUAAAAUAUAUUUGAAGCUUCUUUUUUUAUUUUUAUGAAAAGGACUAAACUAUAUUUGUGAAAAAUGCUUGAAGUGUUCAGAAUGACUGUUAUAGGCAUAGACUGAUGACUGCUGUUAAAGGUCUCAUUGGAAGAUUUAAUUUUAUGACUGUCACAGCAGUAGAAUGUCAUGACAUUUUUAUCACAAUACAAUAAAAGAUGAAUGUUUAAGGACAUUUUCAUGUUAACAGCUGUUGUGUCUGUAUUUAGGGAUUAUUUGUAUUCAGUGUCAUCUCUUUACACCAAUAAACAUGCUCAAAGCUCAGGCAAAGGGAACUUGAAUGUGCUGAUAUGACAUUUAUUGUUUGAAUACUCAUAAUGAGUAUAUAUAGAAAUACACUAUAACACACACAGGUAGAAUAAUGUACAGAUUUUGCAGUUUCGGAAGGAAAUUGGUACUUUAAUUCACCAAAGUGGCAUUCAACUGAUCACAAAGUAUAGUCAGGACAUUAAUGAUGUAAAAAACAGCACCAUCACUAUUUGAAAAAAUGAAUUUUUGAUCAAAUCCAGACAGGCCCCAUUUCCAGCAGCAUUCACUCAAACACCUUAUCAUUGAGUAAAAAAGAAACUCGCCAGUCAGUUUUCAUACAAAGGUGUACACUACAGUCUUCAAAGACAAAGAACAACUGACUCUAACAAGGACAGAAAGAGAUGUGGAAGACAAUUAAACAAGAGAAGUACAUCAGAGUCUCUAGUUUGAGAAAUAGACGCCUCACAUGUCCUCAGCUGACAGCUUCAUUGAAUUCUACCCGCUCAACACCAGUUUCAUGUACAACAGUAAAGAGAAGACUCAGGGGUGCAGGCCUUAUGGGAAGACUUGCAAUGAAAAAGCCACUUUUAAAACCGAAAUCAAAAAGAAAAUGUUAGAGUGUGCAAAAAACAGACAUUGGACAACAGAUAAUUGGAAAAGAGUGUUAUGGAUCUUAAACACAUUGAGCUUUUGUAGGAUCAGCUAGAAAGUAAGGUACGUGAGAAGUGCCCGACAAGACAGCCACAUCUAUGGCAAGUGCUACAGGAAGUGUGGGGUGAAAUGUCACUUGAGUAUUUGGACAAACUGACAGCCAAGGAUCUGCAAAGCUGUCAUUGCUGCACGUGGAGGAUUUAUAUCGAUAAGACGCAAAAUCUGCACAUUAUUCAAAAAUGUUGGCCACCUGUGUGUGUGUGUGUGUGUAUAUAUAUAUAUAUAUAUAUAUAUAUAUAUAUAUAUAUAUAUAUAUACACACGUAUGUACAAAUACAAAUCUGAUGUGCAAGGGAAUUUAUGGCACAAGAGGUAGACUAUGUUAGGUAAAUAUAAAUAGACUAAGCUGUGUAUUGCACAUAAUUAUUGCUCAAAGGGGCCGUUUUAACUAUUCAUGAGCUGAAUAGCCUGAUGGGAAAAAACUGUUCUUGUGCCCAGUGCUCUGUAUCGCUGGCCAGAAAGCAACAGUUCAAAAAGGUCUUAUAUACUUAUAUAGAAUCUUAUAUACAGUAUUUGCGAACAUUGAAGUUUGUGUACAUUACAGUUGUACAUUUAGGAACCCAUGAGGGCAUAAACAAUGUCAUGAUCUUCUGUUUUAGUGGUGUAUAAAUGAAUGUUGAAUAAAUGCAUUGCCA